AUGGAUAACAGCACCUACGGCUUGAAUGGGGAUGCCAAUAAUUCCCUCCAGAGUGAAUUUCAGCCCUGCACCACAUCGAAGAAUCAGAUUUCUCGCAUGCUCCUAUAUGCCUUCCUAACUGUGGGCAUUAUCUGCACAGUGGUGGGCAACUUCCUGGUUGUCCUCUCUAUUGCCUACUUCAAACAGCUACAAUCAUCCACUAAUUCCUUUGUAAUGUCCCUGGCAGUGGCAGACUGUCUUGUGGGCCUGGUAGUGAUGCCCUAUAGUAUGAUUCGGACCAUGGAAGGUUGCUGGUACUUUGGAGUCCUCUUCUGCCACCUUCACUCUAGCCUGGAUGUCAUGCUCUGCACUGCCUCCAUAUUUCAUCUCAGCUGCAUUGCCUUUGACCGCUAUUAUGCCGUCUGUAACCCAUUAGUCUACUCCUUGAAGAUGUCCCAGUGUCGAGUGGCUCUCCUGAUUGUAGUGUGCUGGGCCGUCCCCAUGCUCAUCUCAUUUGGCCCCAUAAUGCUAGGCCUCCACAUGGCUGGCAUGGACAUCCCUCUGCCCGAAGAUGUCUGUGUAUUCCUGGUCAACCGCAUCUACGCUGUCGUGGCUUCACUGGUGGCCUUUUAUUUGCCCAUGGCCAUAAUGUUGGUGGCCUACUGGAAAAUCUACAAGGCGGCUAAACGGCAGGCCAUGCAGAUCAGUGCCAUGGAAAGCCAAAUGGCCGCUGGGGUAAGCAAGGAUUCCAGCAGGAAGCAGAGACAUAGGAAUACUAUGAAGAGAGAGAGAAAGGCAGCAAAGACCUUGGGGAUCAUCAUGGGUGUUUUCUUGUUAUUCUGGAUGCCAUUCUUCACAGUCAAUAUUGUGGACCCUUUCAUCGAUUACGGCACGGCGGCAGUAGUUUCGGACGUUUUCUUGUGGUUGGGAUACAUCAACUCAUCUCUCAAUCCCUUCCUGUAUGGUUUCUUCAACCGUUCUUUCCGUAGGGCAUUCCUGAUGAUCAUGAGCUGUGGGAUAUGCCUGCCUGGAUCUUCUCCAGGUAUAGACCUAUCACAAACAAGGAAAGAGGGUAAAGAACGCACAGAUCAGCCAUAG